AUGGAAAACUAUACUCAAACAUCAACUGAUUUCACCCUACUGGGCUUGUUCCCACCAACAAGAAUUGGCCUGUUCCUCUUUAUUAUCAUUGUUCUUGUUUUCCUAAUGGCUCUGUUUGGCAACCUGUCCAUGAUUCUUCUCAUCUUCCUAGACCCUCAUCUCCACACACCCAUGUAUUUCUUACUCAGUCAGCUCUCUCUCAUUGACCUAAGCUACAUCUCCACGAUCGUCCCCAAAAUGACCUACAAUUUUGUGUGUGGAAACAAGUCUAUCUCCUUCAUUGGGUGUGGGGUUCAGAGCUACUUUUUCUUGACUUUAGCAGGUGCAGAAGCAUUGCUCCUGAUAUCUAUGGCCUAUGAUCGUUAUGUGGCUAUUUGCUUUCCUCUUCACUAUCCCAUUCGUAUGAGCAAAAAAGUAUGCGUGCUGAUGAUAACAGGAUCUUGGAUAAUGGGCUCAGUCAAUGCUUGUGCCCACACCGUAUACGCCUUCCAUAUACCUUACUGUCGAUCCAGGAACAUCAACCAUUUCUUCUGUGAUGUCCCAGCCAUGUUGACUUUAGCCUGCAUGGACACCUGGGUCUAUGAGUACACAGUGUUUGUGAGCACUGUCCUCUUCCUUGCAUUUCCAUUCAUUGGCAUUGUAUGUUCCUAUGGCCGGGUCCUCUUAGCUAUCUGCCACAUGCAGUCCACAGAAGGGAGGAAGAAGGCCUAUUCCACCUGCAGCACCCACCUCACUGUGGUGACUUUAUACUAUGCACCCUUUGUUUACACAUAUUUAUGCCCGAGAUCCUUUCGAUCUCCAACAGAGAACAAGGUCCUAGCUGUUUUCUACACUAUCCUGACCCCAGUGCUCAACCCCAUAAUCUACUGCCUGAGAAACAAGGAGGUGAUGGGAGCCCUGAGACGAUUGAUUCAGAGAAUCUCCUUUGUUGAAAUGUAG